AUGUCAUUGAAUCUUCGAUUGUUAGCCAUCACUGCUGGGGUACUCGUAGGAAUCAGUUUCAUAUUUUUUACUGUUAGCAAUGCAGUUCCAAUAUGGAGUAAAGUGAACAUUGAAGAUACGGAAUCUACAAUUGGUCUGUGGAAAAGAUGCCGUUCGACUGAUGGUCACAAGGAAUGUCAUGAUAUCGAAUGCUCGUCGAGCAAUGAUAUGAAUAAUGACUGCGGCAAACGUUUAGCCGCUAGAGCUUUUGUUACGCUAGCUUGUAUUUUUUCUGGUAUUUCUACAAUAUGUCUUUUGGUAUGUGCAGUGACAGGUGACAACACAUCUAAAACUAUGCUCUUGGCAGCCAAGGGGCUUGUUAUUGUCUGCCUUGUUAUGGGUGUUAUUGGCAUUGGCAUUGGCAUCGAUGUUCAUCAUCGUAAUCUACCAAUACAGAAUUUAAAGUUGGGCGCUGCUGCGAUCAUUGGAAUUGUUGCAAUAAUCCUGAACUUUUUUGCUGCUAUUACAGCAGGAUUUAUGAAAUAA